GUCCUUCGUGAUUCGUCAGACAUGUAUUCGUCAGGGAGCCAGGCGAGCACCAGUCCCGAUUCCCAGUUGACGACGCUGCCCGGAUCGAUACACGGCUUCGCCGGCGGUCAAGGCCGUCAUUUAUGAUCAUCCGAAGGCUCGUACGAGGAGUCAGUCGCGUCUCGGCGAUCAUGGAGGGAGUAUCGAAUCCGAAAGUCGUCUUCGUCCUGGGCGGGCCCGGGGCCGGCAAAGGUACCCAAUGCAGUAAAAUAGUCGACAAAUACAACUUCGUACACCUCUCGGCCGGCGAUCUGCUCAGGGCCGAGCGGAACACCCCAGGCACCGUCUACGGCGACCUAAUCGAGAGCCACAUACGGAACGGGACGAUCGUCCCAGUAGAAAUCACGUGCAAGUUGAUAGAAAGGGCGAUGCGCGAGUCGGGACGGACCAACUUCCUCAUCGACGGCUUCCCGAGGAACAAGGACAACCUCGAAGGGUGGCAGCGCGAGAUGGAGGACAAGGCCGAACUGCUCUUCGUCCUCUUUUUCAAGUGUUCUGAAGAUGUGUGCAUCGAAAGGUGUUUGAAACGGGGGGCCGAGGGGAGCGGCAGGUCCGACGACAACCACGAGUGCCUCAGGAAACGGAUACAGACUUUCCUCAACGACACCAUGCCCAUCGUCAACUACUACCAACAACACGACCUCGUCAAGUCUGUCGACGCCGACAAAAACGAAGAUGACGUCUUCGCAGACAUCAAAACCAUUUUCGACGGUUUUAUGUAAAUUCGUCUAUAUACAUAUGUACAACUAAAAUACGUGCAAAUAAUCCACAAACAAUUUUUCUAUUUUAUUUAUUAUAGAUAUUAAAUUUCUAUGAAGUUAACGGCUUAAUAUUUGUAUCAUAAGUGCACGCUUUUAGAAAUAUCGUACACUAUUGCAGAUUAAUAAAUAAACAUGAAAUUUAA